UCCCUCCUCCCGCUCCUUGGCUCCCGCGCUCCCGGCGAGGCUCAGGCACCUAGCGCGCGGACGGGCGCACAGACAGACGGCCCUGGGGACGCCUCGGCCCGCGCCUCCCGGGCAGGCUAUGUUGAUUGCCCUACCGGGGCCGGCCCGCGGGAUCAGCACAGCUCGGCCCGCGACCCCGGCGGCCAGCGGGGACUAUGAACCGGAAAGCGCGGCGCUGCCUAGGCCACCUCUUUCUCAGCCUGGGCAUGGUCUACCUCCGGAUCGGCGGCUUCUCCUCGGUGGUAGCUCUGGGCGCGAGCAUCAUCUGUAACAAGAUCCCAGGCCUGGCUCCCAGACAGCGGGCGAUCUGCCAGAGCCGGCCGGACGCCAUCAUCGCCAUAGGAGAAGGCUCGCAAAUGGGCCUGGACGAGUGUCAGUUUCAGUUCCGCAAUGGCCGCUGGAACUGCUCGGCGCUGGGGGAGCGCACCGUCUUCGGGAAGGAGCUCAAAGUGGGGAGUCGGGAGGCUGCCUUCACCUAUGCCAUCAUUGCUGCCGGGGUGGCCCAUGCCAUCACAGCUGCCUGUACCCAGGGCAACCUGAGUGACUGUGGCUGCGACAAGCAGAAGCAAGGCCAGUACCACCGGGACGAGGGCUGGAAAUGGGGCGGCUGCUCUGCCGACAUCCGCUAUGGUAUCGGCUUCGCCAAGGUCUUUGUGGACGCCCGGGAGAUCAAGCAGAAUGCCCGGACACUCAUGAACUUACACAACAACGAAGCCGGCCGAAAGAUCCUGGAGGAGAACAUGAAGCUGGAGUGUAAGUGCCACGGCGUGUCGGGCUCGUGCACCACCAAGACGUGCUGGACCACGCUGCCACAGUUCCGGGAGCUGGGCUACGUGCUCAAGGACAAGUACAACGAGGCCGUUCACGUGGAGCCCGUGCGUGCCAGCCGCAACAAGCGGCCCACCUUCCUGAAGAUCAAGAAGCCACUGUCGUACCGCAAGCCCAUGGACACGGACCUGGUGUACAUCGAGAAGUCACCCAACUACUGCGAAGAGGACCCAGUGACGGGCAGCGUGGGCACACAGGGCCGCGCCUGCAACAAGACAGCCCCCCAGGCCAGCGGCUGUGACCUCAUGUGCUGCGGCCGCGGCUACAACACCCACCAGUAUGCCCGCGUGUGGCAGUGCAACUGCAAAUUCCACUGGUGCUGCUAUGUCAAGUGCAACACCUGCAGCGAGCGCACGGAGGUGUACACGUGCAAGUGAGCCUGCCACUGCACUCAUGCUGCUUUGGGUCCAUCCGGGACCGCCUCCAGCUGUGAGCUAGACUGGGGAGGACCAGUUUCCAAGCUGCAGUCACCCAGCCAGGUCACUUCCCAGAUCCCAGGGGACUGCAGGCAGGAAUGCUGAGGUUGUCUUUUCCGCGAUGGGGCCGCCUCUUCUGGGUGUCCUGCGCACCUGUGUGAAGGAGCCCUCCAGAGCCCUGAGGGUUCUAUCCCCUGCAGUGCUGCUCUACCCUCCCCCAGACACCGCCUCCGACUCGCCCUCCUGGGCUGCAGCAGAGCCUCAGACAGCAGGAACCCUGGAUCCGAGGGCCUCACAUAGCAAUAUUUAACAAUUUAUUCUGAUAAAAAUAAUAUUAAUUUAUUUAAUUAAAAAGAAUCCUUCCACCUCAUCGGGAUCCGUUUUCUGCAAUCAAAGUGGACUGUUUGCUUUCCUUGCAGGAUAAUUUUGUUGCUAGGACAAGGAGCCAAGUAGAACUGUACAUAAUUAUU